AUGGAUUUCCAAAGCUUGAACUCUUCUAUCAGUACACCAUCAAGUACACCAGACUUCCAAGAACCCACCACUUCCACCAUUGAUCAAAUAACUGCUUUCUUCCAGAGCAUCUAUACAAUGUUACAAAAUAAACAUGAAAAUGGACUCUACAACAGUAUCUGCCUGGGAGUUCUGCUUGCCCUGCCAUUGCUUGUUCUGUUCAUCUCUAGUAUUAUCUGCUGUCACUAUUGCUGUUGUCGGACCAAAAAAAUUAACACGCUCAAACCGCUUCCAAGCAAGAAGAAAAAGAAGAAGAAUGGAGAGGAGGACUUAUGGAUCUCCAGUCCUCAAGGCAAGUCCAUCAUGCUGGAGAAGGUUCCUUCUUUUAAUGUAUAG